AUGGAGCACGUGGCAACCUACCCCGCCGCUAACACCGCUAACACCGCUAACACCGCUAACGCUGCUGAAAAAAUAACCGAAGAGUACCGGAGGGCGCAGCGGCUGAUCCCACUAAGCGAAAACGAACUGCAAAAAACGAGAAACGCCCUAAUCAAGGUGGUAACUAACGAGGAGAUGCAACGCCAAGUUAUCCAUUCGUAUAACAUCCCGAGUUUUUUUUUGCAGGACAGUCAUGUGCGAAACGAUUUUUUGGAGCACCUCCGGGGAGACACAGAGCGUGCAUUCGAGUUGAGGGAGUUUCUGCAAAACGGGGAGGAAGAACAAACAGACGGGGAAACCAAAAGUGGAGCCAUGAAAUACGCGAAACUGCUAGCCAUUUUCCAGCAGUUCAUAAAAAAAAAUUACUACAAACAGUGGAUUUUUUAUGAACAUGUCAGGCGAAUGUGCGACUUUAGCGAGUUGAGCGAGCUGGUAAAAAAAAAAAAAAAAAAAACGAGGAAGCUGCACUUGUAUGUUGGGCCAACGAACAGUGGAAAGACGUACGAAGCUUUCCAACGUUUGUGUAAAUCUCGUAAUGGGUUGUAUUGUGCUCCUUUACGAAUCCUGGCAUGGGAAAUUCACAAAAAAUUAAUUAAGCUGAAUAAAGUUACCAACUUAUUAACAGGCCAAGAAAUAAUUAAAAAAAAAAAUGCUACACACACAGUCUGUACAGUUGAAAUGACUCCACUGGAGAGACAAUACGACUGUGCUGUGAUUGACGAAAUUCAGAUGAUUAAUCAUGAAACGAGAGGAUGUGCCUGGACAAAUGUUCUUCUAAAUCUGGAGUGUGAAGAGAUAUACCUCUGUGGAAGUGACCAAAUAAUCAAUUUGGUGAAAAGAUUGGCAGACCUCUUGCACGACCAGUUAAUUAUAAAGCAAUUCGAACGGUUAACCAAACUGCGUGUGCAGGAAAGUACAGUGGAAUGGGAGGAACUCAAGACGGGGGAUUGCGUAAUUACUUUCUCGAGAAACAGCAUCAUGCUGUUAAAGAAGCGGCUGGAGCGAUUUAAUAAACGAGUGUUUGUAGUUUAUGGGAGUUUGCCCCCGGAACUGAAGCGCAGGCAGGUGGAGCUCUUCAACCGAUGCUGUACAGGGGAGGGAGGCAUAGAAAAAGUGGACGAGACUGACACAGCAGAACUACCCCCCUCCAGUGACAACAAAAAGGAAACCAUUUUAAUCGCUACGGAUGUCAUCGGCAUGGGGGUGAACAUUAACAUAAGAAGAAUUAUAUUUUAUUCUCUGCAAAAAUUCGAUGGGGAUAAGUUAAGACAUUUAUACGCUUCGGAGGUGCUACAGAUAGCGGGGAGGGCUGGAAGAUAUCAUCAUGGUGUUAGAGAGCCCAUAACUGGUUACGUCACGUGUGUUCAUGCGCAUGAUUUGGGCACUAUUAGAAGGAUUCUUAGGAACGAAAAUGAUGGUGUGCUGAAUGGAACAGCGUUGGAGGAUGGCAAUUUGGGGAACUCCACGUUUACACGUAGUUGUCAGCGCGUUGGGUCCUCGAACGGUGUGCGGAGAAGUGAUGAGGGGGGGUGUCCAGAUGGGCGAGGCAAUACCGCUCACUCGGAUGGACGGGAUAACGCCUCUCACUCGUAUGGACGGGAUAACGCCGCUCACCCGGAUGGACCACAUCACAACGCCUGCGCAAAGGCGGGAUUCUUCCCCGACUUUAACAUGAUAAAUAAAUUGAAAAAGAUGCUGGAGUAUGAACACAAGGCAAAGGUAGAGCUGCAUGAAAUUAUGAGCAUCCUGGUGGAUUACGCAAAGCUUAAUGAGGAUUAUUUUUUCCUGACGAAGAAUUACAACCAAAUGAUAAUCAUUGCGAAAUUUUUAAAAGAUAUAAAACUGGAUGGAGAGACUCUCUUUGUCUAUAGCCUUUCCCCCAUAAAUGUAAAUGACGUGAAUAUGUUAACUACGCUGAGAACCUUUGCCUUUUGUCAUGAGCUGCUAAAUUGUGUAGAUUUUUUUGAAUGCAUAAAUCGAGACGUUGUGCCUACUGCUACGGUGGGGGGGGUUGAGGAGUUAGGGGGGGGGCACCGCUACUCGGCUGCCCCCACGGCUGGCUUACCUUUCCAAGGCGGCACCGCUGGCGGUGGCAUCGUGAAUAGCGGCACUGCUAGCGACGGCAUCGUGAAUAGCUGCACCGCCUGGCCAGAUCGUAAACAGGGGGGGGAAGAAUCAUCAAAGUGCCACCUCGACGGGGAGAGCUACGCCCACUCGAUGACGCAGCAGAGUGCAAUUCGCCUUGAAUUCCCAUUAGGCGAAACUCCAUCCAGCGCCUCCGAGGGGCAUUCCAACCAUCCGCACGUGGGGCCAGAGGAAUGCCUCAGCGUGCUGGAGCUUUACUAUGAAAUAAUCGACCUGUACUGCUGGUUGCACACAAAGUUCCCGAGCAUUUACACAAACAUGGAUUCAGUGAACGACGAAAAAAAAAAAGUCUCCAACGCAAUUAUACACGUGUUGGCACGGUCGUGCGAGGGGGAGGGGGGCGUUGGUGGGGGAACCGCUGCAGGGGAAACAGUAAACGGGGUGCCGCUCCGAGAGGAGACAUAA